AUGCCAAAAAAUAAAGGAAAAGGUGGUAAAAAUCGUCGUCGUGGUAAAAAUGAAAAUGAUGAUGUAAAACGAGAAUUAAUUCUUCGAGAAGAAGGUCAAUCAUAUGCUCAAGUUACACGUAUUUUAGGCAAUGGUCAUUUAGAAGCAUUUUGUUUCGAUACUGCCGGUGGAAAAAAACGUUUAUGUCAUAUUCGUGGUAAAUUACGAAAAAAACAAUGGAUUAAUCAAGGUGAUGUUAUUCUCGUUGGUUUACGAGAUUAUCAAGAUGAUAAAGCUGAUGUUAUUAUGAGAUAUCUCGCUGAUGAAGCUCGAGAAUUGAAACGUAUUCGUGAAAUUCCUGAUAAUAUUAAUAUAGCUGAAUCAACAACAAAUAAUACCGAUGGAUUAGAUGAUGUUAUCUUUGAUGAACGUUAUAAUAAUGAAGAGUCAGAUGAUGACGAAGCUGGAUUACCUCGAAAUCCAAACGCCCGAGCAGGCAAUGCUGAAAGUGCAUCAGAGGAAGAAUCUGGUGAAGAAGAAGAAGAUGAAAAUGAUUAUUAUAAUCCAAAUAGAAUGCCGAAAAAUUCUGGAAAUUUAAAUGCAAAAAAUCUAAUAGGAACUAAAAAAGACAGCGGCAAAGGUUCACGUAAUGACAAACGACAAGCUAUUUCGGGAUCAGAAUCUGAUGCAAAUGAUGAUCUGGCACAUAUCUAA